AUGCUAAAGCGCCUAGCGACAGGCGAUUGGUUCACGUCGCGCACAUCAGCGUGCGGUCUUUUCAGCGUUGCUUAUCCACGAGUUAGCCCUGCCAUCAAGGCUGAGUUGAGAAGUCUGUUCCGUCAGAUGUGUCGUGAUGAUACACCAAUGGUUCGUCGCGCGGCUGCUGCAAAACUCGGCGAUUUCGCAAAGGUAUAG